UCCUUAUUUGCAUGUUGACAAAUGUAAUAUGUGAUUCAGGUUAUAAAAGCAGAAUCAGAUCUACAUGACAUAAGUUCAAGACUGAGACCCUGAGGUUUCUACCAGGAUAUUCUUAUUUCUGCUGCGUCUUGUCAUCGAUAUGAACAGCUAUUAUUUUCUAACAGUUGCAGGGGUACUGAGCUGCUUUGUUGCUGGUGGUGGUGUUUCGCACCAAGGAAAAUGCAGACGUGUCUUAAGAUCCGAUGAGGUCAGAGUCAUUUGUCUUUAUGCUAACUUUACGCAGUUACCCAGUAAGGAUUUCCCGGGUAACACUACAGACCUCAAUGUCCGCUUUAGCAAUUUAAGCUCCAUAACCUCUGAUGACCUGAAGAUCUUCUCCCAACUGAGGCAGCUCAGUCUGAUCAGAAACCAGCUGCGUACAUUACCUGCAGACCUGCUUAAGGGCCUGUCAAAUCUUCACAUCCUUGACCUUACAGGUAACAAACUGACAUCUUUAUCGUCGCGAGUGUUUCAUCAUUCUCCUCUUGUGGAGCUCACACUCUCAGAUAACCUGCUCUACGAGCUAGAUGCUGACUGUCUGCCUGUAAACAGCUCCCUCCUGAGGUUGGACUUGUCAUCUAACAGAUUCACCCAGUUACCUGUGGCCUUCCUGCAAAGACUCAAUAAUCUUGAGAGCUUAGACUUCAAAAAUAACCAGCUGGAGGAGCUGACUCCUGGAGCUCUUACCUCUCUGUCCAAGCUUGAGGCUUUGUACCUGGAAAACAACAGACUGAAGUCCUUAGAUCCAUCAGCCUUCAGUGGUAACCCAAACCUCCGGCAGAUGUUCUUGAGUGGCAAUUGUUUGGCGAGCCUCCCUGCUGGACUCUUCCUUAAGCAGGAUGAGCUUGUUUUCCUUGACCUCAGAAACAACUAUCUGCAAAGCUUGACUCCAGGUAUUUUGGAUGGACUUUUGUAUGCUGUGUUGUCUGGUAAUCCAUGGCACUGCAACUCUAGUUUGGCAUAUCUAUGGCACUGGUUGCAUAUGAAUGAAAAAAGACUUUUUCAUCAUGAUAAAAUCACUUGUCAAACACCUGAACACAUGAAGGGUAGAAACAUCACUGGAAUUACUGCCGCGGAGCUUGGGAUCAAGAAGUAAGGGAAUCAUAAUAAAGUUACCAGUAGCCUAAUCACAUUAAUUGAAAAUUCAGUACAUUAAAAACUGAGAUCUUAAAACUUUAAAAUUGUUUUGUAAAACAGAGUAUACAGUAACUACAAUAUAGGGAGGAAAUAUACUAUUAAAACUGAAUACUUUGUAUCAAGGGGAAAUUUUCAAUGCAAUUUCAUAUAGACCUUUAAAGUACACAUUUCAUAAUGGAUUAAAUCUUUUAUUAAAAAAAUUUUCUCCAGCAUUUCCAUUGCACAAAAGGUUAUUUAUAGAGGGUUUUUAUAAAGAUUAUUUAAUAUAUUCUUCACACUAAAGAAAAAAAAAAGGUUCUUUUAAGAACUGUUCACUGAAUGUUCUUGGGGAACCAAAAAUGGUUCUUCUAUGGCAUCACUGCAAAAACUCUCUUUUGGAACCUUUACUUUUUAGUGUAUCAAUUUGACAAUGUAAAAUUCAUUUGAGUGAGUAAACAGCUUGCUUUUUAAAGUUUGUGCUACAAAGUUACUAUGUGAAAAUCUCCUGUAUUUACAAAUAAGUUUAUCCUUUGGAAAAAUACUUUUAAUUGGGUAAAAUAGUACCCAGUGAACUUAUAACUAAGUAUAACUAAUUAUAACUUUUGCAGCCCUGGGGAAUCAUUUAUAAAAUGUUGCGCAGAAACCGUCCUAAAUUUGAUCUUACGAUCAUUUUUCAGAUGUGCGUACGUGUGAUUCAUAGAAUGAACGUACACACAGAAAACGAGCGUACGCCUCUCUUUCAGAUGUGAAAUCUAUAAAUCGCAAAUGAUCUUGAACUUGCGCGCAGCUGAAUGGUUUCAGUUCUCCGCGUUGUAAACGACACCUAAUUAAUGUCAUCUACAUAUUAAUGAUCACCAUUCAUCGUCCAAAUCCUUUAAUUUGGAAUGGCGAGCUGCAAGAAUAGCUUAGAUUUCCAAAAACCUGCAGUAAAAUGACAAGGAAAAGUGCGUACGUCUGCUCAGACCCUGACGUGGCUCUAAGCACUUUUCCACAUCCAAUCGUUUUUUAUAAAUAUGAGCGUUGGCGUGGAUUUAAGCGUACGCACACUCGGGCCUCAUUUAUAAAGCGUGCGUACGCACAGAUUUGAUCUUCGAGUGUGCGUACGCUUAAAUCCACGCCAGCGAUCAUAUUUAUAAAAACGGUCUUUGACAUGGAAAAGUGCUUAGCGCCACGUCAGGGUCUGAGCAGACGUAGGCUACGCACUUUUCCUGGUCAGAUUACUGCAGGUUUUUGGAAAUCUAAGCUAUUCUUGCAGCUCACCAAGGAUUUGGACGAUGGCUGUUGAUCUUUUAUAUGUAAAUGACAUUAAUUAGAUGUCGUUUACAAUGCGGAGAACUGAAACCAUUCAGCUGCGCGCAAGUUCAAGAUCAUUUGCUAUUUAUAGAUUUCACAUCUGAAAGAGAGGCGUACGCUCGUUUUCUGUGUGUACGUUCAUUCUAUGAAUCACACAUAACGAACAUCUGAGAAAUUAUUGUUCGUAAGAUCAAAUUUAGGAUGGUUUCUGCGCAACAUUUUAUAAAUGAGGCCUCAAAUAUGCAGGCUUUAUAAACGAGGCCCCUGGUUUGGGACUAUUUUUAAAGAAAGAAAACCUGAUUUUGAUCAGUAGAGGGCACUAAACUCUAAUCAAAGUCAUUAAGAGGCACAUGGGAAAAGUGGUUUCAGAUAAAAUUACAAUUCUUAGAUUACUGCUAUUAUAUUAAACUUUUGACAUAUUCUCCAACAAAAUGUGUACACACGUCUCUUAUAACAGUUCUCUGUUAUUGCUUUUAUUAAUACAUUACAAACUGCUAUUUCA